UUGAAGAGCCAUCAUAUAUAGAGAGAUAUUCUUAUUAUUAAAGAGUCAUGAAGAAGUGUUAUUGCACCAAAGAUACACUUCUUCUAUUCAUGCUCUUAUUGAUCUCUACAAUGUGUGAAGGUCUUCGAUCAACACCUCAUGAUAUAACGGGUUCGAAUGACGAAGGAGAUGAAACAAGCUCUUUGUUUAAGGAGGAGAGAGAUGACGACAUCCUAAAAGGAAUGUUCGCGACCGGUUCGAGCUUGCCCGACUGCACGAACGCUUGCGGGGCGUGUUUUCCAUGCAAGAGGGUCAUGGUGAGCUUCAAGUGCUCCGUCGCCGAGUCGUGCCCGAUCGUCUACCGUUGCAUGUGCAAGGGGAAAUACUAUCACGUCCCGUCGAAUUGAUGAUAUAUACGGACUUGCAUGAUCAAGUUUCAGCAAAAGGAGUCAUUAAUGGAGGAGAAACUAAGUCAUAUAUGACUCAUUUUUAACU